CAACAUGACUUCAGAUCUACAUCCAAGUGGUAGAAGACAGAGCUUUUUACCACUAAUCUAACCUUUCCAUGCCAUUUGACCAACAUAGAGCAUGAAAACAAAAUGAUUGCAGCCUUCGAAUUUCUCUGUCAACAUUAUCUGAAUGUGGAGAGUGUCAGUCGAAAAGAAAAUACGAGUACAUCAGAGAUAUGAUCUGUUACAAACAGCAGCAGCCGCAGCCGCAUCACCCAGAUUCCAGAUUCCAUCUCCUUGCUGACUCCAGCGCCCGUCUCUGCAGGAAAAUCAACGGGUGGAUACUCGAGAGAGCCGAUGCCAACGGCUUAAUAGUACCAGGUGCAGCCGGAGGUGUGACGCUGUCCCGGCCCUCGACACAUUGAUUCACAAAGGAUUAAACCACUGCGUGGCGCUUGAGGUGGCAGACCUGAUACAUCUCAUUUACUCUGCCUGUCAGACUUAACAUUUUUGGAGGCCUCCUUUGCUUUGCUAGUAUAUCUACAGAGGGGCUGGUCUCUGACUGAACAGACAGCGUCACCCAAAGGGAUGACUUGUUGUCAUCUUGAUCAGGAGUAAGAGAGGAAGCAAUGGGCUGGACUAUGACUUUAAAGGACGACUUUAGGGUCACUGCCUGGGCACGGGGAACUCGGAACUACAUUCGUUUGUUGAUCCUCUUGUCAUUUUUAUUCAUCGAAAUCCGAUCGGAUAUGGUGUUACAUAUGGAUCAUCAGUUCACAUGGAAAACAGGCCAGUGGGGUCAUUGCAUGGGUGACGACUGUGGUUCCGGUGGAGUUCAGACCAGAAUGGUCUGGUGCAUUCACAUAGAGGGUUGGACGACCCACCACUCUCACUGCAACCACAUCGACAAACCCGAGAGUAGGCGGCAUUGCUUUAAGGUUUGUGAUUGGCACCAGGACCUCUUUGAGUGGGAGCUGUCUGCCUGGGAAAACUGUGCACUCGUCCCUUUUUUUUCCAACGAGCUCAAGCUGAGGACCACAGAGUGCAUUACUGCACAGCAUGGACUCCAGAGACGCAAAGUGCGGUGUGUGCGCACUUUCAACCGCACUGCGGUCACUCCAAGGAUAUGUGACUUCUUUUCCCAGAGACCACCGGUGGAGCAGGCGUGUCUCAUUCCCUGCCCGCAGGACUGCGUCGUUUCAGACUUCACUUCAUGGUCAGGUUGCAGUAAGACAUGCGGCAACGGCCUGCAGCAUCGGACUCGACAUGUUCUGACCACGCCAAUGUAUGGUGGCGCCAAUUGCCCCAAUCUGACAGAAACCAGGACUUGUUCCGGCCCUGUUCCAUGCCCCGCUGGAGAGGACGAGUACCAGUAUAGCCUUAAAGUAGGAGCCUGGAGCGAGUGUAGGCUCCCCCAUCACAAAGACACCCUAUUAAACGGUCGGACCACUGUGGAUUUCAGCAGUAACAAAGCAAACAACACAGUAAUGUCACACAGACACCCCUCUCAUUUUCAUCAACACCAUCAUGAACAUCGUCACCACCGCAAACACCCGAUGUCGUGGGAGCUCGAGGUGGGAUACCAGACACGGCAAGUCCGCUGCACUCGGAGUGAUGGGAAGAACACAAUGCUGAGCCUCUGUACAAAGUACAACUCCCCUCUGACCUACCAAGCAUGUGUGAUGCCCAGAGACUGCCAAACUUCUGACUGGUUAUCAUGGAGUCCUUGCUCAAAAACCUGCCGCUCCACCGACCUGUCACCUGGUUACCGUCUACGGUCACGAGUUGUGACACAGAUCCUGCUGAGCGGUGGGAAACAAUGUCCUGUCCUUGAGGAGAAAGAAGCCUGCAACAUUAUAGGGGAUUUACUUCCAAACUGCCCAAGGUAUGAAUGGAGAACCACUGACUGGGAUGAGUGCCUGGUUUCCCCUCUACUCAGCAAGCUGGACCGGCGUCUUGCUAACAUCAGUAGUCUCUGCGGAGGGGGUGUGCAGACCAGAAAAACCUACUGUGUUCAAGUUCCUGAUGACUCAACUCCACAUCACAGGAAGGAGGUGUCAAGACCUGUGACUGCCAAACUGUGUGCGGGUCAAGAAGCUCCCUUGGCCGUCAAGAACUGCUCCAUUCCCUGCCAGCACCGCUGCCUACUCUCCCACUGGUCGCCUUGGGGCUCCUGCAGACAUGACAACUGCAAAGAUCCACAGGGAAAGAAAGGUUUCAUACAAAGGAGAAGAGAGGUAUUGUGGACAUCCAGCAAUUCGCAGGAUGUCUGCCCUCAUCUCGUGGAGUUCAUUCCUUGUGAGGACCCCGCUUGUUACCUGUGGCAUGUUCAGCAAGGAAAAUGUAGGCCUACCAAAAGUACCUGUGGUCCUGGAACUCUGGUCCAAAGCGUGACGUGUGUCAGUACAGAAGGUGAGGAUGUGCCCACGACUUACUGCGCAGAAGACCCUCCACCAACUGAGGCAUCCUGUGAAGUGGCUUGUCCUGCAGAUUGCGUUGUCAGCAUCUGGUCCUCUUGGUCUCCCUGCUCCCACAGUUGUGCCUCGAAAACUGCAGAUGGCCGUCAAAGCCGCACACGCACUGUGUUGGCACUCCCAGGAAAAGAGGGAAAAGAGUGUCCAGGAGCUCCAGCUUUGGAAGAGUGGAGAGUUUGCAAUGACCAUCCUUGCCUGGUGUUCUACUGGGAGGCUUCAACAUGGGGGCCAUGCAUUAUCGAUCGUUCGAUAAUCAACCGAACUAACUUCUGGAACAGCACGGAUUCCUGUGCAAUGGGAGUUCAAAUUCGAAAAGUCACCUGCAUGAAGAUGAAUGGUGGAUCUGUCGUGAACAAAAGAUGUGCGGAUUCUGCUCGUCCAGAAACAGUCCGGUCCUGUGUUCUUCCCUGCAUGAAAGACUGCAUUGUGACACCCUUCAGCGAAUGGACGGCCUGUCCAUCAACCUGCACGCCAGAGAAUACCACCUCUGCCACACAGUCUCGGCACCGGACUAUCAUUCAAAAGUCUGCUAAUGGAGGUCAAGAGUGCCCCGACACACUUUAUGAAGAGCGGGAAUGUGAAUCACACCCAGCAUGUCCAAUUUACCGGUGGAGGAUACACAAGUGGCACGCCUGUACAUUAGUUCCCGAGUCUGUCCAACGUAGCUUAUCUCAAGCAGCAGAAACUUGUGGAAAUGGGUUAGAAACAAGAGGUCUCAGUUGCGUCGGAGAGAACGAUGAAGCAGCCAACCUGACAGAGUGCCUACGCUGGGCUGGUCCUUUGCCCGCUCAGAUUCGAGCAUGUCGAGUGGCUUGCAAGGAUGACUGCGCUCUAACAGCUUGGUCCAAGUUCUCUGAAUGUGCAGGAUGUGGCAGCUUCCAAAGUCGCAAGCGCUCGCUAACAGGUCGCAGUAAAAAGAAGGAACAAUGCCUGAAUGAGGCUUUAUACCCGCUGGAAGAGAAAGAGACUUGUCCCUGCCAGGAGUACUUGUCCCAACCUUUCGGGAACUGGUCUGAUUGCAUUCUCCAUGAACCUUCCACUGCGGGCUCGCUGCACGGUUGGAUGAGCGCCCAGGAAGUGAAAGAGUGUGGUCAAGGUCUACGCUACAGAGUUGUGGCUUGCAUUGAUCAGCACGGACGCCUGGUGGAGCCUACUCUAUGUACAGACACCGGCUACAUGGUGGAGGAGUGCCAUAUCCCAUGUCCCCUGGACUGUAAGCUCAGUGACUGGUCCACUUGGUCUGCCUGCAGUACAUCAUGUGGAGGUGGGCUGAAGGUCAGGUCCAAGUGGCUGAGGGAGAAGGCUUUUAAUGGAGGACGUCCAUGCCCUAAACUGGAUCUAAAGAACCAGGUAAAUGAAGCCGUGCCAUGCCACAGUGAUUGCAGCAAAUACAAGUGGAGGGCAGAGCCCUGGUCCAUUUGCACAAUCAACACGGUGGGAGACUCGCCAUCGUGUGGGGAGGGAGUCCAAAGCCGAAAGAUCAGGUGUGUGAAGGGAACAAGUGGGGAAGUCAGCACUGUUGAUGACAGUCAGUGUGAUCAAGAGGAAAUGCCACCGAGAGCUCAAGUCUGCUUUCUGGCCUGCCACAAUGACUGUGUCAUGUCACCCUGGGAACCUUGGAGAAACUGCCCAAUGCAAUGUGAUCAAGGCUCGGAGAGAAACAGAAGUAGACAUAUCCUACGCCUUCCUGCUGUUGGAAGCGCAGCCUGUCCAGAUACGGUGCAGUCAGAAAGUUGCAUCCUGAACAGCACCUGCUUCACUUAUCAGUACAAAGUCUCAGAAUGGAGUACAUGUCGACUGAGUGAAAAUGCCAUCUGCGGUCGAGGUGUCAGACAACGACUUCUCGACUGCAUUCGCAUUGAUGGAAAAAUUGUGGACUUGCAAAAGUGUAAGCAGUUUGGGCUAGUCAAGAACUGGAAGUUGGUGGAAAACUGUGUGGUCGACUGUCCGGUCAGCUGUGUCCUCUCUGAUUGGUCAACAUGGGGUGAAUGCUCGCACACCUGUGGUAGCCAAGGGCAGUUUGUGCGUACUCGGAGAAUCUUGCGGGAAGCUCAUGAAGAAGGUCGACCUUGUCCCAGCCAGCUCAUCCAGACAAAGCCAUGUCCAAUAAAUCCUUGCUACAUGUGGCAGAUAAGCAACUGGUCCCCCUGCACCAUAGAGGGUGCAGAGUGUGGCGAGGGGUAUCGGAGAAGAAACUUAUCGUGUGUCACCCACAAUGGCAACGUGACAGAGUCUCCUCCUUUGCCAGUGGCAGACAAGUUUUGCGGCGACAAGCUGAGAAAGGCAAUCCAACAGGAUUUGGAGCAGCCAUGUUUUGUUCCUUGUCAAGGAGACUGCCAUUUGGCUGAGUGGUCAACUUGGAGCUCUUGCCAAUUGACUUGUGUGGAGGGGCGGAGCUUUGAAAGCAUAGGACGUCAAUCCCGCUCCAGAGCGGUGAUCAUUCAAGUUACCCAGAACCAGGACACCUGCCCACAGCAAAUCUUUGAGACGCAGCCAUGUAAAGGAGGCCAAUGCUACAGUUACCAGUGGAGGACAGGAGGAUGGAGCAAUAAUGAGAGAGCAGUGUGGUGUCAACGCUCGGAUGGUGUCGUUGUCACAGGAGGGUGUUUCCCACAGAAAAGGCCGAGCAUGAUCCGGCACUGCCAUCCACCGUGCACCAAGCCCUUCUCGCACUGCACGUCGAGCGGCGUUUGUGGGUGUGAGAAGGGUUACACCGAAGUCAUGACUACAAAUGGCUUCCUGGACUACUGCACUCGAACCCCGGGAGUCGACACCAAUAAGAAAGCUGAUGUGAAAACCAACUCGGGAAGAUUAAAACCAUCUCGGGCCCGAGACCGCCACACAGAGUGGACCUUACGACCUGUUGGGCCAGAUGGAAGGGUAAAGCUGUGGGUUUACGCCGUGACUGCUGUCGGAUUCAUCUUAAUACUCUUCGUUAUUGCAUUCUCAUUCCUGGUCUGUAAACCAGACAAAAUAACAAAGACGUCUCCUCCGCCACAGAAGCCUUUGACCCUGGCCUACGAUGGCGACAUUGAUAUGUAACCAUGUUGGUUUUCUUCAUAAAGACGCAUUCUCACGCCACAAGUGGUAUGAACGGACCAAGGUACUCCGGCAUUUGCUGUUAAUGACACACUUUCAGAUUUCUCCUUGGAAAGAAAGUUUUUUUUUUUUUUUUUUAUUCCUUUUCAAAUUCUGGUUACAACAUGGUGGCUCAGAGGCUGAAGCAUUUUUCAUGUCGUCAUUUUGUGUGUUAAAAACCAGAAGGACCAAAGGGAAAUGUUCAUGACACGGAGGCUGAACAUUGAACAAUUUUCCCAUUCUCGUUGGAUAUUCGUAAAGGAAAUGUUACAACUUUUUUGCGUGAAGGGCCUGUUUGUUUCCUGAGAAUAAAAAAAAAAAAAAAAAAAAUCUUUAUGCACUACAUUAGUGCUGAUUCACUAUUCCUUUUCCUUUGAAAUGACUUUUAUAGUGUUUGAAAUGUUUAUGCAAGUCGUUGCUGUUGAAUUGUUCCUUGUCGACGAUGCCAUAUGUUGUAUAGAUGUGGAAACCAAAUGCAGGCUUGCCUUGAGUUUAACAACAUGAUGCAGUUGUUUCUCCAUCCUAAACUUCUUUAGACACUCAAAAGCCAAGAAAUGUGAAUAUUUUGAACAUUUCAGUGAAGUCAUGCUGAUGAAUGACACAUGGACUUGCAUCAUAUAAGACACACCACACAGGAAUAUAAAGAUAAUAGAUAUUUAAUGUCAGAAUUGGCAUUAUGUGGAUAAUGACAUGAUGUAUUUUGGUUUUGCCUUUAUGCAGCACAACAAUAGAUAUGAAGUAAAUGAAUCAAGUUGUGACUGAAGUGUGGGCUUUCAUUUCUAUUUCAAGAUUCACAAUAAUAUGAAAUUUACUUUAAUUUACUUAACAUUACCAAAGCUUUAAAAAGUCUUGAGCUGCAAUUUUGUUAUUUGUGGGUUAUUAGUCAACUGCAGCUGGAAGCAGAAGCAGAAGAUGAAUCCAUACCGAGCAUUAUUUUGUUAUUUUUUUAAUUCUUUUAUGUCCAUAAAUAAACAAUGCUAAUUAAAACCAACUCCGCCCAAAUGUGGAUCUCAUAUCUGAAAGCCAUUCAUCUAAAUACUUUUAGGACUCCCAAAGAACUUUGCAAUGGCGUACCGUGCACAACACGUCACUUUUGCUCAUUAAUAUUCAUGACGUUAGCAACUGUUGCUAGAGGGGUCAAGCUCGCAUUUGUCCCUCAUGCUAACUGCAAGUAAAUAGUGUACGAACAAGAUGUUUACUGAGCUAAACUUACCAAUUCUGUCCGAAAAUGAUGUCCCUGGUGACAGAUUUACUGGUAAAGAUGUGGAAGAACAUACAAAUGUUCAGUAAAAAAGAUGGCUUGAGUGUGGAGGGCUAAAAAAGACGGGAAAAAGAGCUGACCCGAUCCAAUCCAGAGGUAGCUUUUUUAUCGACACCUUUGUCUUGUGUGCAUUGCCUUACGCCACUGUAAAUGACAUUCUCCUGUUUUAACAAUCUAUCCUUGACCCCCAUAUGCCCUGUCUUUCCUAUAUAGUGUGUAUUAUAUCGUCUGGUUGGCUUACGUCUCUGACCGUUUUUGGGGGAAAUUUACAUUGCUAUAUUUGUGUAGCGAUCGCAAAUGCUACUCAGUGACAGCCAACGAACACUUUUUUUUUUUUUCCAUUAAUAACAAAUCUUAAUUCUAUAAUUUAUUUACACUUCCCCCUUACUUAAGUUGUUUUUUCACAACAGAAAAUGUAACAACAGUGGUAGUCAGAUACCAUUUUAAUUUUUUUCAGGUUAUUCAUUGUCAGACAGAAGCAGCACUGCAAAACGCCACACUAAAAAAUAAGUAAAAAUAUCAAAAUGGCUAACCUCUUUAUCCUCUGUAGCACCAUGGCUCCUAACAAAAUGUUUACUGCAUAUGAAGGUGAAUGGCUUCACCUUGCUGGCGUUUAACUGGUCUUUUGGACGUCCGCACAACUUGAUCCAUUGUUCAUUUUUUCCUCUUUAUCGGCUGCGGAAAACAUAUGAAGAAAACAUCCUUUAUAUGUCGUAAUGUCUAGAGUCGUUUCUAAAAGUUCCAUAGCAGCAGUGUUUACUUGGCAUAUUCUUUUUUUGAAAAAUUACCGGCAAAAAACAAGCAGUACUAACAUGGGUUGUUUGCGAAGGCGCUUCUAUGUUGACCCACUUCCGGUUUACGAUGGUGACGUCAUGGUCUAAAAAUAGAAUUCGUGCGGUACGCUAUUGCAUAAAAUCACAUUAACCCUUGAUAGGGCUCACCGGCAACUCUCUGGCUGCCAUUGACUGCGCUAGAUGUCAAAUACAUUUUGACUGGGAGUAGUUGGCAGUGCUGUCAAAAUAAAAAAUACAAUAAAAAUCAUUGAUAAAAAUAAUAAUUUAAUUCAGACUGAUUUUCAGUAUCCAACCCAAAUUAUAAUUGAGGUUCAGUAAAUUUUGUUUUAUUUAUUCAAUCAUCUUCCAUGCUGCUUAUCAUCACAAGGGUCGCAGGGUUGCUGGAGCUUAUCCCAGCUAACUUUGGGCGGAGCUGUGAUCAGCGUAGGCCUGUCGCGAUAACAAAUUUUAGUGUGCGAUGAUUUAUUUGAUAAAUUAUUGCGAUAUGCGAUAUUAUUGCACCCCCCCAAUUAAAAAAAAAAUGGCAAUAACACCGUGAGAAUACAGUAUACUGGACU